GGGGGCCUGUUCCGCUUCUCGGCUGUUGCCGCCGCCGCCGCCUCUGUUGCUGGGGUGGGUGAGAGGAGGGGCUGAGAGGGACCCUGCACUGGCAGGCAGGCGCCCUUGCUGUGUUUGUACCUGAGGGGCCUCUUUUCUCCGUCAUCCCUAGAGUGCCGCGGGGUCGAGGGGCAGUCCCCGGGGACACCUCGGCACGCAGCGGACAUGCCUCUCUUUGCCACCAACCCCUUCGACCAGGAUGUUGAGAAAGCAACUAGUGAGUUGAAUACUGCUGAGGACUGGGGCCUCAUCUUGGAUAUUUGUGAUAAGGUUGGCCAAUCUCGCACAGGACCUAAAGAUUGUCUUCGUUCCGUUAUGAGAAGAGUGAACCAUAAAGACCCCCAUGUUGCUAUGCAAGCUUUAACUCUUCUGGGAGCAUGUGUAUCAAACUGUGGCAAAAUUUUUCACUUAGAAGUAUGUUCAAGAGACUUUGCUAGUGAAGUAAGCAAUGUAUUAAAUAAGGGUCAUCCUAAAGUAUGUGAAAAAUUAAAGGCUCUUAUGGUUGAAUGGACAGAUGAAUUUAAGAAUGAUCCACAGCUUAGUCUGAUAUCGGCAAUGAUCAAGAACCUUAAGGAACAAGGUGUAACAUUCCCAGCUAUUGGCUCUCAGGCUGCAGAACAAGCAAAAGCAAGCCCGGCUCUCGUAGCCAAGGACCCUGGGACUGUGGCCACCAAAAAGGAAGAAGAAGAUUUAGCAAAAGCUAUUGAGUUGUCCCUGAAGGAGCAAAGGCAGCAGUCAGCCCCCGUGUCCACACUGUACCCCAGCACAUCUAACCUCCUCACUGACCACCAACACGAAGGCAGGAAAGUCCGCGCCGUGUAUGACUUUGAAGCCGCUGAGGAUAAUGAGCUGACUUUUAAAGCUGGAGAAAUCAUUACAGUCCUUGAUGACAGUGAUCCCAACUGGUGGAAAGGUGAAACCCAUCAAGGCGUGGGGCUUUUUCCUUCUAAUUUUGUAACUGCAGAUCUUACUGCUGAACCAGAAAUGAUUAAAACAGAGAAGAAGACGGUACAGUUCAAUGAUGAUGUUCAGAUAGAGACAAUAGAACCAGAACCAGAACCAGCCUAUAUUGAUGAGGAUAAAAUGGACCAGUUGUUACAGAUGUUGCAAAGUACAGAUCCCAGUGAUAAUCAGCCAGACUUGCCAGAGCUACUUCAUCUUGAAGCAAUGUGUCACCAGAUGGGACCUCUCAUUGAUGAAAAGCUGGAAGAUAUUGAUAGAAAACAUUCAGAACUCUCAGAACUAAAUGUGAAGGUGAUGGAAGCUCUUUCAUUGUAUACGAAGUUAAUGAAUGAAGAUCCAAUGUAUUCUAUGUAUGCAAAAUUACAGAAUCAGCAGUAUUAUCUGCAGUCGUCGGGUGUCUCUGCUUCCCAGGUAUAUCCAGGGCCUGGGCAGAGCGGUACCUACCUGGUUGCAGGGAGUGCACAGAUGACCCAUCUGCAGAGCUACAGCCUUCCCCCAGAGCAGCUGUCUUCUAUCAGCCAAGGAGCAGUUCCACCCUCUGCAAACCAAGCUCUUCCUAGUCAGCAGACCCAGGCUUCUUACCCAAAUGCAAUGGUUAGUUCUGUUCAAGGAAAUUCGUAUCCUAGCCAGGCUUCGAUAUAUAGUCCUCCUCCUGCUGCUGCUGCUGCUGCUGCUGCUGCUGUAGUACCUGUUCCUGUACCUGCUGCUGUUCCUGUACCUGCUGAUGUCACCAUAUACCAGAAUGCAGGACCUAAUAUGUCCCAGGUGCCAAACUAUACUUUAACAUCAUCAACCCUGCCUCAAACAGGAGGCACCCAACAGCCACCUCAGCCACAGCAAGCAUAUUCUCAGAAGGCUCUGCUAUAGGACUUGAUGUUCCUCUUGGUGGCAUAUUUCCGCUGAAUGCCACUGACAAUGUUAGGAGAUUCAUUAACAUCCUAAAAUUUGCUUUUCCUCAGCUUAUAAGAGUCUAUCUUGGUCAAGUUCAAAUACUCAAGAAGGUAGAACUGUCUUCAAUUUGCACUGAAUUUUUAGAGGAAUGCCUCUUCCCUGAGGAAUGAAACUACUUACAACAUUUAUUUCCUUUCAUAAUAUGAAGAAUUGUUACAAGAUUGUUGUUGUCUUGUAAAAUUACCUGGUCUGCAGCACUCAGAAGAUCAACAGCUGCUGUGGCCAAUGUUAUCUGUACAUGCAUUGACAUGUAACUUUGUUAGUGACCAUUGGAAUUGCAGUGGUGAUCAUGUGAAUAUAUUUAACACCGUGUUAAAUUAAUUUACAUUGUUUUACUUUAAUCAUGAACAAGUAUGUUUGCUAAUGUUUGGUGUAAAUUUAAGAUAAGUACACUAUCUUUUUAAGCUGCAAGAGAACUAAAUUGUAGCACACUGACCUGAAGGCAUUGUCCUGUUAUAGUGUCACAUUAAAUUGAACCUUUCUUUUACUAAUUAUGAACAAACCAUGUAUGUUAUAUCUUCCUGUAGCUUCUGCCCUCUACUGGUUGUCACCACACCAGCAUACGGUAGCCACAGUUUUGGUGCAAUUAGAGGAGAAUAAUGUUCCUUUUAAACUUUUAUAUUUGGCAUGAUGUUCCAGGUAUUGUGGACCAUGAGACAAAAAUUAGUCUUUGUAUUUUAUUUGGAAAGAAGUAAGGGCAUUGAUUUCCUUUGUCGUAGUUGACCGUGGUGAUUAGGGAUUAGGUUUUACUGUGUUUAUUGGUAGAAGUGACACCAAAGAUACAGGUGAUGCACAUGGAGAAUUUUCAACUGGAAAGAAAAUGAACUAACACUACAUUUUCAGUCUCCUGUCAUUUUUAGGAUAUAAACAAAAUUUGAUUCACUUGUCUUACCCCACUAGUUUUUUUUUUAAAUGUCGUUGAUACAUUGUAUCUUGUAAUUCUCAUUAAAAUGGAUAUAAAUAGGUGUUUCAAAGUAAUUUAUAUUCUGAUUUUGUUUAAUAGUUUAUAUAUUUGUUAAGUUUCAAACCGGAGUCUAAGUUUUUCCCUCUUUGUCUGUCUCUGUCUCAUUUGAAGGUCUAAUAGAAUUAUCUUUGCUUAUUUAGGAGUAAUUUUAAUGAAUUACUUUAAUCCAUACAAAAAUUCCACUGAUAUUUUAGACAUAAAUAUUUAUAAUUCCCCUGAUUGUACUAUUCUAUUAUUUAAAUAACCUAAAAUUUCAGUAUCACGUUUAUUAGACCUUAGUUUCCCUUCUGUGGAUGCAUAUUACAUUUGCAUUUCUGAGACUUGGGUGUUUUCUUUUUGACAAAUGACUUCAGCUUUGGCAAAUAGUAUUGAGGGUGAUUAACUCACAGGUUCAUAUUUACAGCCCUUUUUUGGUUUUUCGAGACAGGGUUUCUCUGUGUAGCCCUGGCAGUCCUGGAACUCACUCUGUAGGCUGGACUCGAACUCAGAAAUCUGCCUGCCUCUGCCUCCAAAGUUCUAGGAUUAAAGGCAUAUGCCACCACCACCCAGCAUAUUUAUAGCUCUUUCACUCUUAAGUUUACUUGAGUUUAAAGUAUGUCACUAUCAAUUAGUAAUGUUAAGAUUUAAGUUUUUUUUUUAAUAAAACUUCAUAAGCAGUUUGAUUAUAAUUUUUUAUUAUGAUUUAAAUUUUAUGGUAUAUGUGAUAGACUUUUCUUCAAGUCAUACUGUAUUUUCCUUGUAUUUUUAUAAGUUCUUGUUUUACAACUAUAUUUCCAUUUUAAUUUUGAUACCUUCAUGUGAAAAAAA